AUGUUAGCUUUUAUAAAUAAGAACAAAAAUGACUUAAUUUAUUUAGGACUUUUAUUAUUUAGUGUAUUUAUAGGUCGAUAUUAUAGAAGUAUAGGAUCAGUGCAAGCUAAGAAAUGGGUUGGUUCAAUAAUUGGACUACUUCUAAUAGUAACUGUAUCUGGUUACAAUGCUAUACAUCCAAUAUUUUCAGCACUUCUUGGAAUAACAAUCAUUAAAUUGACAACAGUAAGAUACUGCCAUGUAGCAACAUUCUUUCUAAUGUUUGGAUAUUUGUUUUUCUUCCGAUUGGCAGAUAAAUUUGGUUUACCAUUAUCAUCAGGGCAAACUAAUUUGAUAGAAAUGAUAAUUGUCUUACGAGUUGUUGGAGUAGCAUUUGAAAUAAAUGGAUCUUGGAUAACUGUUGGUAAAACGAAGAAGCAAGAAAAUGAUGAUAAUAAACCUCAAGUAAAAGGAAUUGAUCGAGAUGAUGAUUUUGUUGAAAUUAUUAAUCCAUGUUAUGCUGAUUUAUUUCAUUAUACUUUUAAUUAUGUAGGAUUACUAACAGGUCCGUAUUACAGAUAUAGAACAUUUGAUGAUUACUUUCAUCUGCCAUUCAGUAAAUAUGUAGACUGCACAGGUUUCACUAUCAAUACAUUGAAGAUAGUUCCAUUAUAUGUCUCUCUAUAUUUAGCAUUAUCUAACCUUUGGCCUUUGGAGUAUAUCCUAAGUGAGGAUCACAACAAUAGGAACUUCUUAUAUAGAAUGUUAUAUCCAUGGGCAUUAUUUGCUGCAUUUAGACAGCGUGUUUACUCUGGUAUGACUUUGGCGGAGAGUGUGUGUACAUCAGCGGGUCUUGGAGCCUAUCCUGUGCAGGGCAGGAAUAGAACUGGUCACGGACCAACUGUAGGGUAUUUGAAGCUUAAAAAAAUGAGUGAGGAGGAAGCAAAAUCAGCCCAAUAUGAUUUUAACACUGUGGAGUCAAUGGAUGUUUGGGGUUGUGAAACUGUUGUUACUUUACGGGACUCUAUGAAGGUCUGGAAUAAGGCUGUGCAGUAUUGGGUUGCUAUGGUUGUCUAUAAGAGAUUCCCUGUAAAAAUUCUAAAAAUCCAUGCAGCGUUAUUUGUGUCUGUGAUUUGGCAUGGCUACCAUGCUGGUUAUUUCUUUUGCAUUUACUUUUGUCCAUUUUAUUUGAUGGCAGAAGAUAUUUAUUACAAACUAUAUUAUAAGGAUGCCACAGGAACGAAAAAGAAGAUUAUCGGCUUCAUCAUGUGGUUCUUACGAUCUCAUUCAGAAUCUUAUCAAGCGGCAGCAUUUUUACUUUUAACAUUUGAUAGAAUUUGGAUUUACUAUUCUUCGGUAUAUCAUUAUUGGUACGGGGUAUGGUUUGCCUUCUUAAUACUUGGUUUAUUGCUAAACCAAGUACACAAAAUCGGCAGACACAAGAAAAUAGAAAAUGUUGAUACAAAGGAAAAAAUUAAAAAUGUAAAACAAUAAUUAUGUAUACAUUUUUAGAUCUA